AUUUCAAUGUUCAUUCACAGUUGGCCAUGACAUAAGUUUAUUUCGAUAGGAUUUAAGAAUUGUCCAUAAUUAUUUUUUGAGAAUUUGAUAGAAAUGCCACGCACUAAAAUAAUAAAACGCACUCGUCGUCAGCUUCAGCUGGAGAGGGAGGAGCAACAUCGUCUUGCUGAAAUGAAGCUGGAAUCGGCGCUGCUAAAGAUUGAGGAUUUGGGUAAGCGGACCAUGCAACACGUGGACUAUCAGCUGCAACGAAUUGUAGCACGCACUCCUCAGCAUGUGUUGCAAAUGAAAUGGAGUGAGUUCUUAAAACUCGAUUUGAAUCGCUUCGAUGAUUUUCAGUUUAUAGCGCCCGCUCCUCCGCCUCCUCAACCACAACGCAGCCACUCAAAUUGCACACGCAGUGGACGUAUGCGCACGCCACAGCAAUCUCAGGUGCCACGUCUUCAGGUUCAAUCUGUGGACAGAGCCGUGCUAAAGAAAGCCGACUUGCCAGCUGUUGCCUUUCUGCGUUGGCCAAAACCCGGCGAGGUGGCUCUCUCCAAAUGUGGUAGCCCGUUGGCCGUUCAAUCUUUUCCAGAUCGUUGUGCCAAUGUGCAUAUUCCCACCAAACUGGGCGUCUUGAAGAUGAAACCACAGAAAAUGUCGGAGGUCAAACGUGAAGUACUUAAGCAGCUAGAUUCCGAAACCUUAAAUCAAAUAAAAACCUUGAACUCCAAUCUGCACAUGAUUGUCGAUAUGGCAAAUCAAUUGAGAAAGUAAUAGUAUAUUGAUAUCACAUUUGUCAAUCUGUAAUUUCAUGUUUUGAAAAAUAACUGCAAUUUGAGUUCUGAUA